CAAGUGUAAGAGGGUAUAUUCUGGGUUUCGAAAUUUCGAUACUUUGGGUGACACAAAUCACAUCUAUAAACUGUUCUCAACUUAACUCUAAAGAUAUAGUAGUUCAUAUUCUUUGGCACAGUUUUGGGUCUCUUCGUUUGUUUCUCAACAGGGUAUGAGAUUUCUCCUUGGCCCGUGAACCUUUCUGGCGUUUGUCAAUGGUUUCUGUAACUUAUUGUACAUGAUAUAUGAUGGAGAUGGUGGCUAUGCUGAUGUUGGUGUUAGAUUAGUAGAGGGUCAAAUCCACUUGUAAUUGUAUAUCUCUAGUUGUUUUGAUUACCAUAUCAGUUACCAUGGAUUAGCGAGAAUCAACUGUUGGACUCAAGGGCCAGCGUUAUUUUUCUUAGGUGUUCAAGUGCAGUCAGGAGAGUGAACUAGUUAGUGGGAAUACAGCUCUUGACACUCUCACGUAGUGUAUUAAUGGAACAUAAGUGUGGAACCAUUGGACUCAUCUUAAUUCAGACUUAGAUAGAAUAUUGUGAAAGUCAACUAACAUAUUUAGGUGCACAUUCUGUAAUAAUGGAAGUAGCUAUUUCUCCACAAGUACAGAAGCAAAAUUUGCAGACUACAGGUCGCAAAACUGUAUGUGCUGGAUCCCAGAAAGAUUUGUGGCAUGUUGUGCGAGAAGGAUCUCUGAAUGAUGUGGAGUUGGCCUUGGCAUUACUGAAAAAGAGUGGGGGUAAUAUCAAUGUCAGGAACACCUUUGGGCUGACUCCUCUUCAUGUUGCAACUUGGAGAAACCACAUUCCCAUUGUAAGAAGGCUUCUUGCAGCUGAUGCAGAUCCUGAUGCCCGGGAUGGAGAAUCAGGAUGGAGUAGCCUUCACAGGGCUCUACAUUUUGGUCAUCUUGCUGUUGCAAGCACCCUUCUCCAGCAUGGUGCCUCUAUUAUGUUGGAGGAUUCUAAAUCUCGAAUCCCUGUAGAUCUCUUAUCUGGCUCUGUAUUUCAGAUUUUUGAAAAUGAACACAGUUCAGUGGCUUCUGAGGUUUUUAGUUGGGGGAGCGGUGCCAAUUAUCAGCUCGGAACUGGAAAUGCGCAUAUUCAAAAGCUGCCGUGCAAAGUUGAUUCACUCAAUGGUUCAUCCAUAAAGCUGAUUUCUGCAUCGAAGUUCCAUAGUGUGGCACUUACUGAUCGUGGAGAAGUGUAUACUUGGGGAUUUGGAAGGGGGGGCCGUCUGGGACAUCCGGAUUUUGACAUACACAGUGGUCAAGCUGCUGUCAUCACUCCUCGCCAGGUGACUUCUGGUUUGGGGUCCCGCAGAGUGAUGGCAAUUGCUGCUGCUAAGCAUCAUACAGUGAUUGCUACUCAGGGUGGGGAAGUGUUCACUUGGGGAUCCAAUAGAGAGGGACAGCUUGGAUACCCUUCUGUUGAUACACAACCCACGCCUCGUAGAGUAUCUUCUUUGAGGUCGAAAAUUGUUGCUGUUGCUGCAGCAAAUAAGCACACGGCUGUAGUUUCUGAUUUGGGUGAAGUUUACACUUGGGGUUGCAAUAGAGAGGGUCAGCUUGGUUAUGGCACCUCAAACUCAGCAUCUAAUUACACCCCUCAUGUAGUUGAAUCCUUAAAAGGGAAGACUUUAACCACAGUUUCUGCUGCAAAAUAUCACACAGUUGUAUUAGGAUCUGAUGGAGAGGUAUACACCUGGGGUCAUCGACUUGUUACUCCAAAACGUGUAGUGAUUACUAGGAACUUAAAGAAAAGUGGAAGCACUCCUUUAAGGUUUCAUUGCAAGGAGCGACUUCACAUUGUUUCUAUAGCUGCUGGAAUGGUACACAGCAUGGCUCUUACAGAUGAUGGUGCAUUAUUUUAUUGGGUCUCCUCAGAUCCUGAUCUUAGAUGCAAACAGUUAUAUGCUAUGUGUGGAAGAAAUAUGGUGAACAUAUCUGCUGGAAAGUACUGGACUGCAGCAGUUACAACUACAGGUGAUGUUUACAUGUGGGAUGGGAAGAAAGGUAAAGAUAAGCCACUUGUUGCUACUCGGUUGCAUGGCGUAAAGAAGGCUACUUCAGUUUCAGUUGGUGAAACACAUUUACUGAUUGUGGCUUCCCUCUAUCAUCCUGUCUACCCUCCCAAUGUGAUUGAUAAUUCUCAGAAGCUCCAGUUGAAUAACAGGGAUGAUAUGGAAGAGAUAAAUGAAGAUAUUUUAUUUGACGAUAUGGAUUCCAUUAAUAUGAAAUGUACUGUACAAAAUGAUGCUUUAAAGCAGAGAUCUAUACCCAGCUUAAAAAGCCUUUGUGAAAAGGUAGCAGCGGAGUGUCUGGUGGAGCCACGGAAUACCUUGCAAAUGCUUGAGAUAGCUGAUUCUCUUGGAGCAGAUGAUUUGAAGAAAUAUUGUGAGGAGAUCGUCAUGCGCAACCUUGAUUAUAUAUUUACAGUUUCCUCACAUGCUGUAGCUAGUGCCUCACUGGAUGUUUUAGCUAACCUUGAGAAGUUGCUAGACCAGAGAUCAUCUGAGCCAUGGAGUCACCGUCGUCUCCCUACUCCAACUGCUAUGCUCCCUGUUAUCAUUAACAGUGAAGAGGAUGUUAGCGAGACAGAGUUUUCAAGGACUCGUGACAAACCCAUGAAAAUAUCUGCGCUGACAUUGGAGAAAGUUGAAAGACAAGAUUCCUUUUUACUGCCCAAGGAUGAUCCCAGUAACGUCUCCAAAGUUGUUCGGGCUAUAAGGAAGAAGUUGCAGCAGAUUGAGAUGCUUGAAGCUAAGCAGUCUAAAGGACAUCUUCUUGAUGACCAGCAGAUUGCUAAGCUUCAAUCCAAGUCAGCACUUGAGAGCUCACUUGCAGAGCUAGGUUUUCCUGUUCAGACUUCACAGAAUAAUGAAUCAUCUUCUACAUUACUAGAAGGGAAAGGUAGUAAGAAAGGUAAAUUAUCCAAAAAACAAAGAAGAAAGAGCAGCAAAUCAACCAUAGAGCAGACAGAAAUAGAAUCUGCUUAUUAUAAAAGUGAAGCAACUCCUAAAUCUGAGGACUUGUUUGACAUUGACAUCAUGACGGUUCCUAAUUCGAAGGCGGAAGAUGAUGCAAUGUCUGAACAUUCCAUUACAGAACAAGGCUCAAAAGAUUUAGCUUUUGUUGUACAGAAGAAAGAUGCUUUAGAGUUGCUGAAAGAUAAGGGUCAGUCACCAAAGGUUACUAAGAAGAAGAGCAAGAAGGGUGGGCUUUCUAUGUUUCUGAGUGGUGCUCUUGAGGAAGCCCCAAAAGAGAUGGCACCCCCUCCUCCACCCACGCCAAAAAAUGAUGUUCCUGCAUGGGGUGGGGCCAAGUUUAUAAAGGGCCCUGCUUCGCUGCGUGUAAUCCAGGAUGAACAGAGCAAAAUAAAGGGAAACAAGCUUGUUGUGAGUACUAAUAAGGUGGAAGAUCUUUCUGAUUUUGGCAGUGGAGGGAAAAUAAAGUUGAGUUCAUUUCUUCCUUCUAGCCCAAUACCUGUUGCCUCAACUCACAGUUCUCAGGCAGCUGAAGAAAUAAGCACCCCUCCUUGGGCUGCUUCAGCAACCCCUCCUCAACCCUCAAGGCCGUCUUUAAGGCACAUCCAAAUGCAACAGGGAAAGAAACAACAAACCCUUUCCAAUAGUCCAAAGACUAAAACUUCUGGGUUUGCUAUUGCUACUGGCCAAGGUUCACCAUCUGAAGCAACUGGGGUUAGCCGCUGGUUCAAGCCUGAAGCUGAAACACCAUCCUCCAUUCGUUCUAUUCAAAUUGAGGAAAAGGCUAUGAAAGAUCUCAAGCGCUUCUAUAGCAGUGUCAAGAUUGUCAGAAAGCAGCAAGUUUAAGGCCAUCUAAUGUAUUUACUUCUUACUAAGAGGUAGCAAUGAGAGGCUCAUUUAUGAUUUUCUUUUCUACCUUGUGCCUUACCAAUUACUGUAAAUUAGGCUGUAGAGAUAGUUGCAGUGUACAUUCUUCUCUCUUUUCAAAUAAGAAGUGUGAUUCUAGCUUCUUUUCAGUAACUUUCUUUCCAAUCACAACUGUGAUGUCAAUUGAUACUAGACAUGUUGUCAAUUGAUGGACUGAGAUAAGCAGCACUCAAGGGUUGACAUGGUUUCAGAUUUUCCUGACUCCAGUAACUCAAAGCUCAAGAAUGUCUAAAUAAGAUGAAACUCCUUUUCCAAUAA